CUGUGAACAGUUGCAGCUGCUGCAGCCCCACUCCAGCAGCGCGGCUCCCUGGUUUGUGUCCGGCUUGCCCCAGCAUGAACUCCAAGGCCCUGGCUGUCCUGGGCUGCGGCCUUCUCCUCCUCCUCUUGGCUGAAUGUCAGGAGAAGGAAAAGCCCCCCAAAGCCACUGAGAAGAAGGUCACAAAAGAGCCCAAGCCAAACAAGCUCAAACCUCCCAAAGCACCAGGUGAAAAGCUCCAUCAGGCAGCAGCCAAGCCCCCGAAGGGCAAAGCCGGAGUGAAACCCACGGCCCCUCCCAGCCAGGUGCACCCGCCUGCGUCCAUCCUGACUCGGGUGGUGGCCAGGGGGCGGUUCCAGAAAGUGCCUGACUCCCUGACGCUGACGGCAGGCGACACCCUGGAGCUGCGCUGCAGAGGGCGGUCCGUCAGGUGGAGGUUCCCUGCGUACCUGGAGGACGAGGAUGAGGGGCGGCUCAGAAUCAAGCACUUUGAGAGGCACAGCCAGCUGCUGGUGGUGAACUCCAGGGCUGCUGACACGGGCGAGUACAGCUGCUGGUCCUUCCAGUGCCGGGACAGCGAGUGCCAGGACGGAGAGGACAGGACGGGCAAGGCUUUCAUCUUCUUCACAGACCCCCAGGAGCUGUUCGUGCCGACGGAGGAUUACUACGAAGUGGUCCAGCUGCGCACGAACCACCCCACGCUCCUACCAUGCCAAGUGACCAGCCCUCUGGCCAAGGUGACGCUGCACCGCGAAUUCCCCCCCGAGGAGGUGGCCGUGGAUGGGAUCGACAUCUCGUACGACGUGAAGAGGGGGUUCGUGAUCCACCGCCCGCGUCCCUCGUAUGCAGGGUCACUGUUCUGCAUGGCCAGCCUGGACGGCAUGCGGCAGAUAUCCACCAAGUACAUGCUCAUCUACAUCAACUACCCGUCCUCUGCUCCCAAACCCACUGUCAGCGCCUCAGCCGCCACUGUGCGGGCUGGAGAAAACUUCAACGUGACAUGCACGGUUUUUGGAGAACCAGAAGUCGCGGUCGAUUUCACCUGGGAGUAUCCGGGGCAGCAGAUUGGCAGGCCCCCCUACAGCCGCGAACGCGCCGACCUGGUGCGCCGAGGCGGGCAGGUGCAGCAGGAGUCCGAGAGCAUCCUCUAUGUGGACGAGGCACGCACCAUAGACGAGGGGCUUUACUCCUGCAGUGCCAUGAACCUACAGGGCACCACCACCGUCUCCACCCGGGUCCGGGUACUUCCAGCCACCCUGGCCCCGAGGGGGACCCGGUCUGGAUAGCCAGGCCGUGCUACAGACAGGGAGGUCAGCGAUGGCAACGCAUAGAAGUAAUAAAAGGACCAGAGAUCUCUUUGUGACACAGGGACCAAAUUUGCUUCCAUUCUCCCGCCUCCCCUUCAUGGGAUUUAUUUACUC